ACAAAACGUGUUAUGAAAGCUGUUGCUGCCUGGACUUGUGAAAAAAAAAACCCGUUUGGUCACAGAAGAUAGCGUUUGCUCCACAAUGAUGCCAAGAGCAGUGUUUGUCAGUGGGCCUUCUUCACGGUAGUGUCACGUGUUUUCUAAUUUUAGCAAGCGUGCUAACUGUUAGCAGCCGCGGACAGCGAUGUGAAGCAGCAGAAAAGAAACAGCAGCAGGAAGACGGGCUGAAAACACAUCACGAUGAUGACGCAGAGGUUCAACUUCUCGUAUGAAGAGAAGGAGGAAGUCCAGGACCCUGCUGCUCUGUCCUACAGCAUGUCCAUUGACAAGCUCUUCCCAGCACUGCUGCAGUGCUUUGGGAUAAUCCUGUGUGGAUAUAUCGCAGGGAGGGCAAACAUCAUCACCUCCACCCAGGCCAAAGGAUUGGGAAAUUUUGUUUCCAAUUUUGCCCUGCCGGCGCUGCUGUUUAAGAACAUGGUGCUGCUGGAAUUUGAGAAUGUCGUCUGGCCUUUUCUCUGGAGCAUCCUCAUCGCCAAGGUGUCUGUCUUUUUCCUGGUCUGCGUCCUGACACUGAUGGUUUCCAGUCCUGAGAGUCGCUACAGCAAGGCUGGGCUCUUCUCCAUAUUUGCAACACAAAGCAAUGACUUUGCCUUGGGAUUUCCAAUAGUGGAGGCCUUGUACAAGAACACGUACCCACAGUACAUGCAGUACAUCUACCUGGUGGCGCCCGUGUCCUUGAUGCUCCUGAAUCCCAUUGGCUUUGCCCUCUGUGAAGUGCAGAAGUGGAAGAACCAGGAAAACCCUAAGCACAGCAAACUGCUGAUUGUGGGACUGGUAGUUUUGCAGGUGGUAAAGAACCCAAUAGUGUUCAUGGUUGUCAUCGGGCUCAUGGCCCACUUUCUGCUGCAACAGUCCAUUCCCUCCUUCAUGGCCGGGUUUGUGGACGGCUUGGCCAACUCUUUCAGUGGAGCCGCCUUGUUCUACCUGGGUCUGACUAUGGUGGGACAUUUGACAAAACUCACCAGGUCCACAGUCGUCACACUGAUACUACUCGUUACUGCAAAACUGCUGCUAAUGCCCCUUAUUUGUAAAGACAUGGUGGAACUGCUGGACAACAACAACGGCAGCAGCUCCUCCAACCACUCAAGUCUGUCCAACUACGCCUUCCUUUACGGAGUGUUUCCCACUGCACCCAGUGUGGCCAUCUAUGCUGUCUAUUACAGCACCGAGCUGGAAGUCGUGACCUCAGGGAUGGUGGUCUGCACCUUCCUCUCAGCUCCUAUCAUGUACGUUUCUGCCUGGCUGCUCACCAUCCCGUCGAUGGAUCCCAAACUUGUGAUGAAUUCACUGCAGAACGUCAGCUUUAACAUAAGCAUCGUGAGCUUAGUUGCACUGGUUUGGACAACCGCUGUCAUGUUUCUAAAUAAGAAACUGAAGAGACUUCCUCACAUGUUCACCAUCAACCUGUUCUUAGCCCAGUUUCUCACCUGUAUAGGGAUGAUCCUGUGGAACUUUAUUGUGAAAGAAAACAACUUCACCGGGCAGGUGCUGACUUUCAUGUUGUUGUGCACCUCACUCUACAGCACCUUCGUGUGGCCAGCUCUAAUUGCGCUGUCACUGGCACUAAUGAGAAAGUUUGAGGAUCUGAAAGUCUCUUCAGGCAUGUUUGUUAUUGUGGGCUGGGGGGUUCCUGCCUUAGCUACUGCAGUGUUGCUCAUUUCAGGAGGGAAAAUGUCUGACACCAUUGAUUCUUCCUUCUUUUAUGGUAGACCACAGAUCAUCUGCACCGUGGUCGUAGCUGGCCUCAGCAUACUGCUGGGAGGAAGCUCGCUGGUGUGUCUGAGACGAGGAAGUUGGACCCAGAAUGAUCAGACUGGGGGAGAAAACUGUCCCACGGAAGAUCUCAUUGCUGAUGUUGAGCCCCCAAACCAAACAGAUAUUGAACCAGUCACCACGUCAGAAGAGCUCAACAGAGCAUGCCUCAUCUGUGACUGUGCAGCAGCCCAGCCCAUGCCCGACAUGAUCAUUAGCACAAGUAUAAACAACACAACCACCACACCUGCAGGAGAGUGUGAUAUUAGAUGCGAGUCCACAGAAUGUCUCCUUGUCAAAGUGGAAGAGCUGCAGCAGACCACAGACAGACAGGUGGCCCGUCACGUGCUCCUGUGUCUGCUUCUGAUCAUCAGUCUGCUAGCUAACCUGUCCAGCUGCCUGUGGUUGUUUUUUAACCAGGUCCCUGGUAGACUGUACCUGGAGCUGCAGUUCUUUUGUGCCGUGGCCAACUACGGACAGGGUUUGCUCUCGUUUGCUCUCUUUGGUCUGGAUAAACAUAUGAUUUUAUUACCAUUUAAAAAGAGGUUGUACGGGCUGUGGUAUGGAAGAAAGCAGGAAGAACAGCUUCAGUGUCAUUUACCAGAGCACAUCAGACUGACCUGCACCAAGUUCACAAAAUACCACAAGGAGCAGUGUUUUCAUGAUAUUGUUAAAAAGAGGAGGUGUGGGAAAAGCUCAACGGUGGACUGUUUUCUUGGCUGUGAAUUGGUGGACUGGCUGCAGCAGGUUGGUUUGGCUCAGGACCGCGGUGAGGCAGUUCUUUACGGGACGCAGCUACAGCAAGGCGGUGUCCUCCAGCACAUUGGUCAGGAAUACUGCUUCCAAGACGGGCGCCUUUAUUACCGCUUCAUCACAUGACACACUGACUCGCAAAGAUAAGAGACAGCAAAGAUUUACUCUGAAGAGUAAACAGUCUGUCACUUUAUUGCACUAUUGUUUAGUUUGCACCAACAUGUUUUUAUUUGGACCCAGUCAGGACAGCAGUUCAGAGUAUUUGACAGAACUGCAGGUUUUUAACCUUUUAGCUAAAAGAGAGGUCUAUUAUUUAAUGAAGGUGUAUUUUAACUCUGAAGUUGUUACAGUUCUGUGAUUAUAGUACUUAUACUGACAUUCAAGGACUUCAUGUUCCCAAACUAAAUAAGGCAAAAACAUAAGGCAUGAAGAUCUUUAGUAUUCUCAAAACUCGUGUAGAAUAUCCAAAUUAAAAUUACCCAUUUUAUGGCUAAUCACAUACAUAGUAAUCCGUUGCCAAGAAAUAGCUUUGUCAGCUCAGCUUUCAUAAAGGCAAGUUUCUUUUUAGAAACAUAGUCUUCCUACUACAUGUGUAUGAAUGGGUAUCAAAGGGAUCAAGGUUCUUGUUGUGUUGCAUGGGUAAGGAUAUUUUGAGCAUGUUUACUUCCCCUUUAGUUCUGCAUGGCUCUAACCAUUGGCCAGAAUUCAAACAGCAGAAGAAAAACUGUGUUGAAUCAAAUCUUCUUUAACUUAUUCAAAAGGACAUUUAAUGGAAUUUAAAUACAAUGUCAGAAUCAGUGAAACCUUUAAGACUAUUGACUUUGAAUUGUCUAAUUUCUCUCAGUUGCACAUCUAACACCACACAGUGAGGUGUUUGAAACUGAAACUGCAGCUCCGAGUGCAGGUUAAUGACCUUUUAUGUGAUUUAACGUACAUUUUAAAUAUACUCCUGAGCUAGUUAAUAAGACAACUUGGUAACAGAACAUUAAAAAGAAAUAGACAUAAAGCCGCUGCUACAAAUGUCAGUGAGUCAGUCCUUUAGUUCUGAACAGGGAAAACCUUUAAAGAAAUAUUUAUGGUAAUCUGAUCAUUCAUUUUACAUGUCUCUGCUCCUAAUAACAUGGAAUGAGGCUGUUUGUUGAACUAUUAACUCAUUAACUUUGUCUGCACUUGGAUUUUCUCUUUGUCGUCUGGCUGGUUAAAGACUUAUUAUCACCUGGGCAUUUGAACUUUGUGUAGUUCUAUUGUGUUCCACAGUGUGAACAAUAACCACGAAAACGCGAGACAUUUGAGGCACAUUUUAUAGUAUUUUAUUCUAUUCUAUUUGCCAAAGGAAAGUGGUUUAUUUUAAUAUAUUUUAGUUCUAUUUUUAAAGGUUGGUGGUACCGUUGAGUGACACUGAGUGUGAAUGCGAACUAUCAUUAUUUUACAUGGAAAGUUGGUGAUGUGAAAUUAUGAUUGCACUGGUUAUCUGAACUGUGUGAGUUGUGCAGAUAAAGAAAGUUGGAAUUAAAUAUUUUGGUGCGCUCAUGAUUUUGCACCUUAUCAGCACGCAGGCUUUUAAUACAUUAAAGAGGCUCUGUGCUGAAGACAAUUUGUCAGAAAUCCAGUAUUGUAAUACUAUCUAUCGCAAGUAAUUCAAGUGAUAAAGUAAACAGACUGAAAGUGUCUGAAAUUCUAUGAUCCUGCUUUACUGUGUCAUAAAUCUACAGGGAAAUAAAACAAAUAUUUAGUCUUAGCAUUAUUUCUCUGCUAAUUUCCAACAUAUCUGAUAAUUACUUUUUUACAAAUGCUGAGAUUUGAGUUUUUAAAUGAUAAAUUAAAUAGAUUUUACUUUUAUUUAAUAAAGCAUUUGCAGAAAUGUUCUGUCAGAAGCUACAUAUUUAUGAUUUUGGUUUAGAAUUAAAUGUACAAUAAACCU